GAGGAAGGACUGGUAGGGAAGGUUUUAAGGAAAUGGUGAUUAGUGCCUAAGUGUUCUAACAACUGAGGUUUAAAAAGGCCCUACCCCCAGGAUGGUUUUGUUCACUAACACUAGUGCUUAGGUGGCACAGACAUGUCUUCAUACACAUUUUGUGUGCAGACACUGGGAAAUAAGUAAAGGGAACUGUUGCCCUUGUUGGAGGAAGGACAGUGUCAUCCCCCCUGCUAAUAAGAGAGCUAGAAACGGCAGUUUCCAAAGACUGUGAGUCAUUCUCUCAUCUGUCACACGUGAGGCUUAGCAUAGUCUGGAAAGCAGGGACAGGGAGGCCUGGGGUCUUCAAUAGCAGAGAGGACUCCAGGCACCUACACCCUGACUCAGCCUAGCUGGCCAGGACAACUGGCUAAAGACCUAGGACUGUCCCUAGUCCUGGGCCACUGCCCCAGCUGCCCUUAGCCUGGGCACCAUGCCUGAGACAUGGCGUAAAAGACCACGAUGCUCAGGUGACCUCACCCAGUACACUGAUCUUCGCCAGCUUCUGUGUGUGAGCCUGUCAGUCCAUGGUGCCACCUCACACGGCAGGGCCUCUCAGGGGUCCUCAGUCUAGCCCAAGGACCUGGGCUUUAGCUGAGCCCCUAAUAGGCCACAGCCCCCAGCUUCCUGCUGGGAAAAUCUAGGAGCUGAGGAAAGAAUCACAGAAUCCUAGAAUGUCAGAGCUGAAAGAGACCAUCUAGUCCAAACCUUUCAUUUUACUGAUGGGGAGACAGGGGCCUACAGAACAGGCAUGACCUGCUGAAAGUCACACAAAACAAGGAGACAAGUGCCGGUCCAGUGGCUGUGAUGGGAAAGGAUUAUUACAAGAUUCUUGGGAUCCCAUCGGGAGCCAACGAGGAUGAGAUCAAGAAAGCCUACCGGAAGAUGGCCUUGAAGUACCACCCAGACAAGAACAAAGAACCCAAUGCUGAGGAGAAGUUUAAGGAGAUUGCAGAGGCCUACGACGUGCUGAGUGACCCUAAGAAACGAGGCCUGUAUGACCAGUAUGGGGAGGAAGGCCUGAAGACCGGCGGUGGUUCAUCAGGUGGCUCCAGUGGCUCCUUUCACUACACCUUUCACGGGGACCCCCACGCCACCUUUGCCUCCUUCUUUGGUGGCUCCAACCCCUUCGAUAUCUUCUUUGCCAGCAGCCGUUCCACUAGACCCUUCAGUGGCUUUGACCCAGAUGACAUGGAUGUGGAUGAAGAUGAGGAUCCAUUUGGCGCCUUUGGCCGCUUUGGCUUCAAUGGGCUGAGUAGGGGCCCAAGGCGGGCCCCUGAACCACUAUACCCUCGGCGCAAGGUGCAGGACCCACCUGUGGUACAUGAGCUGCGGGUGUCCCUGGAGGAGAUCUACCACGGCUCCACCAAGCGCAUGAAGAUCACAAGGCGGCGCCUCAACCCUGAUGGGCGAACUGUGCGUACCGAGGACAAGAUCCUGCACAUUGUCAUCAAGCGUGGCUGGAAGGAAGGCACCAAGAUCACCUUCCCCAAAGAAGGUGAUGCCACACCUGACAACAUCCCUGCUGACAUCGUCUUUGUGCUCAAAGACAAGCCCCAUGCACACUUCCGUCGAGAUGGCACCAAUGUGCUCUACAGUGCCCUGAUCAGCCUCAAGGAGGCGCUGUGUGGCUGCACUGUGAACAUUCCCACUAUUGAUGGCCGGGUGAUCCCAUUACCCUGCAAUGACGUCAUCAAGCCAGGCACCGUGAAGAGACUCCGUGGGGAGGGCCUUCCUUUCCCCAAGGUGCCCACCCAGCGAGGAGACCUCAUUGUCGAGUUCAAAGUUCGCUUCCCAGACAGAUUAACACCACAGACACGACAGAUCCUUAAGCAGCACCUACCCUGUUCCUAGGCUCUGCCCCAGCCAGCCCAGAGUCUACCA